AUGAGCUUCCCGCGCAGCCCGUCGGACAGCGAGGUCGAGGCCCUCGACGACGCAACCUCUCAGAGCCUCCGCCACCGCCUCUCCCAGCACUGGCGCACCUUCCGCUCGCUCGGCCAGCUCCCGCUCAUUGUGGUCGCCCAGUUUCUGCGCAACUGCGCGCGGAUGCUCAACACGACGUCGUCGUACGAGAAGAAGACGAACCUGCGCAUCCUCAUCAUCACCGACUACACCCCGCCGCAGACGCACGGCAUCGCCAUCCGCUUCUCGCACUACAUCACGCACAUGCGCCAGGCGCGCACUGCAGUCUACUCGACCAACCUGCACCGGCAGCGGCUCACCUCCUUCGACCACCCCAACAUGCCCGCCAUCAUCAACCCGUUCAACACGUCCAACUGCAUGGCGUACAAUCCCGGCCUCCGCCUCGCGUGGGCUUGCGAGGCGGGAAGCGGAAGACGCACUCUUGUCUCCCAAGCGGCGCUCGAGAGGGCACGGGCUCUCGGCGCUAAGCAGUGGGACAUCGUCCACCUGGUCUACCCCUCCAUCAUCGGCCCCGCCAUCGUGCCGGUCUGCAACUGGCGGCGCAUCCCCGUCUACUGCUCCCACCACGUCGACAUGGAGUACUACAUCGAGCAGUACGCCGCCUCCAUCUCGUGGCUCGGCAACCUGUCGUACUGGCUCUUUUGCAAGCUGCCCGCCGCCCGCCACGCCUCCGUCAACGCAGCGCCCACCCUGUGCUUCCUCGACUCGCACGUGCCGCACAAGGCGCCGGGCUGCAUGCGGAUGCGCAUCCCGUCCGGCGUCGCCGACGCGCGCUUCAAGGUGGACUCUGCGGAGCAGCUGGUGGCGGAGAGGCGCGACUUGGAGCGGCUGUGCGGCGCGGCGGCGGGCGACGCGAUCUGCCUGAUGGCGACGGCCCGGCGAGGAGAGAGCUCAAAAAAGAAAUCGGGGGCCCCACGCGUAAUUCUUUUUUGCGACGGCCCGGCGAGGAGAGAGCUCGCGGCGUUCGCCGAGCGGCACGCGCUGCCCGUCACCUUUACCGGCAACGUGAAGAAUGACCGGCUGCCGCCGCUGUACCGCGCGGCGGACGCGUUCGUCACGUGCAGCACGUCGGAGACGUACGGCCUCACCGUGCUGGAGGCGCUCGCGUGCGGCACCCCGGCCGUGCUGCCGCACUGCUCCGUUUUCGACGAGUUGUGGGAGGCGAGGCUGCCCGCCGAGUGGAUGUACAACCACGGCGAGGCGGCGGGGCUGCUCUCGUCGCUGGCGGCCGCGGUCACGCCCGGCUCGAAGCAGCGGCUGCGCGAGGAGCCUGUCAAGGCGAAUCUCGGCGGAUCUCGGCGGAUCUCGGCGGAUCUCGGGGGAUUUGGGGGAAUCUUGGGGAAUCUUGGGGAAUCUAUGGUAACCCAGGCGAGCUGGCGGGACGCGACGACGGAGCUGAUCGCCCAGUACGAGAAGGCGAUCGAGGCCAACUUGCCGCACCGCAUGGAGCUCGCAACUAUCGGCGCCGUCGUCACGAAUCUGAUGCGUGUCGCGCUGGUCGGGCUGCUGAUCUGGUGGGCGUUGCGCAUCGAGGGGCGGGUCGCCAUGGCCACGGCGAUCGCGCUGCUCCGCCAGUUCUCGGAGGACCCGACCUCGAUCUCGCGCUGAUCUCGCGCCGAUCUCGCGCCGAUCUCGCGCCCGCAGCUCGCGUCUGGAUCGCGCAGCAGCGCGCUCCCUUCUCCCCGCAACUCGCCGGGGCUAGUGGCCGCGUGGCGGUGGCUGCGCCGGCGGUAGCUGCGCCGUGCCUGGGCUUCUUUGGCUGCAGCGGCGCAGCUGCAUCGUUUCGUGAGCUAUGCGAAGGGCGCCUACGUCGCUUCCGGGCUCCUACUGUCGCCGGACCGCUGCUGUGCGCUAUCGUUGCUGCACUGUGCUGGGGAGUGGCCCCGGCAAUCGGACAUGGACAGGUACCUUAAGGUAAGGCCGGGCCGAGUCGAGUAAGAGGGGAAGGAGGGUGGUUCGAGCGUUGACUGCACAUGCUUUUGAGUACAGGACACAACGUAAUAUAUUGAAGAAAAAA